AUGGAAGGCGGAGAACAAAGAUACCAGAAAUCGCCUAUUCAUCUUCUUAAUCUGCUUCGCAAUCUUGUCAUUGCUGAUCCUCAAAACUGCAGAAAGCACAAAAAAUUCAGAAGAAGAGAGAGAGGGGAGCGGAGCACAAAUGCAGUAUUAAGCAGGAUAAUAUACAGGAACAUACAAGAGCUGGAAGCGGCAGGGAUUAGAGUGAAGAGAAACAAGUCACGUAUAUUUGGAGACAUCUCUUUCCAUGUUGGAUGGUUGGGUGCGGAACUGAUGCUUCCUGAUAUCAUAGUUGAUGACAACACAGCUCCGAUGUUUCUGAACUUGAUAGCUUAUGAGAUGUGUCCAGAUUUUCUGAACAAUUACGAGGUUGUGGAAGCAUAG